GACACUUCCCAGACCAUAACCUAAAAAUAAACUAUUGUUUGCAAGUUCCCAAAUAUUUUUGUUUGCACCAAAUACGUAAAGCGCGUAAAAAAGUCCUCCGCGCGCUUCCUGCAAUUUAUUUUUGGUGAAGCGUGACAAAUUGUUGGCAAACAAUGCCAUACAAUUGAUUUUUCUUCAGCAGUGCUGGGUCAAUGUUUCCAGAACCGUAAAGUUUUCCCGGUUUGAAAAGUUCUCUCCGGAGGAAUUACUUAUUGUUGCAUCAGACGUCCUUUGUCAAAAGGAGAAUAAAAAAAAGGAUUGACAGGACUGCAAUGUCUUACCUAUAUCUUCUUCCAAUAUCUGUCUAUCUCCUCUUCCAGGUCACCUUCCUGGGAACAUACAUUGCUGCCAUUGUUCAGGGGCAUGUUGUACCGGCUAUUCCCUAUAUCAGCGAUGCUGCCACUUAUUCCCCAGAAAGUUGUGUCUUUGGACAACUCAUUAACAUGGGAUGCAUUCUAUUGGGAAUCGUAGUCUACGUGAGAUUCCGCCAAAUAUGCGUCCUGUGUGAAUACCAUGCAGACCUUCGGGAUUCAACGUGGAAGCUCAACAGUCGUGCCCUCUGGGUUGGGUUCGGUUCCUGCCUUGGCAUCAGUAUUGUAGCCAACUUCCAGGAAACAAAUGUCCGCGUUGUUCACCUCUGUGGCGCCUUCCUCUGCUUCGGCCUUGGUACAGUUUACUUCUGGAUGCAGGCUGUGAUCUCCUACUACAUACAACCCUACGUAGGUACCAUGUUCAAGGCACACAUUCGGCUCUUUCUCUCCGUCGUCUGCACCAUCUUCUUCGUCGUAGUCGCCGUGACGGGGGUUAUAUCACACAUCCUCUUCCGCGGUGAAGAUCCACGCAAAUGGUAUCCUUCCGAUGGGGGUUGGAAGUACCAUGUGGCUAGCUCGAUAUCCGAAUGGGUUGUAGCUACAACCUUCUGCUUCUACAUCCUGACUUUUACGGAUGAAUUCCGAAGCCUCUCUCUCGAACAUCCGACUCUCAGGAUCAUUGAGUAUGAGAUUCUCGUUGAAAAUGACAACGUAGUCAACUCCCAGGCUCAUAGUCCACCAGCUCCCUCAACACCACCCCCAACGCCCCGAAAUGUUAUACUGCUGUGAGCUCCCAAAAUGUUAUAUUUAUUUUAUAGAAAAGUCAAUAAAUUGGUGAGAUAUUAUUUAAAA